CUCUCCCAUCUCACGCGGCUUGGGGACUGUUUGGGCUCCUCCUUUCCAAGCGACGACACUUUUUGGGGCCGCCCCCGGCCGCGCCUUCCGCAGCAUGGGCGGCCUCGAGCAGGCCCCAACGGGCACCUGCCCGGGUAUGUGUCCGGCCGGCGAGCUGGCCCUGCGGCGGCGCCAGAGGCGCCUGCACGCCCUGGAGCUGGGGCCGCCCGAGCGGGCGGUGAAGGAGUACUCCCGGCCAGCGGCCGGCAAGGCGCCCCUGCGGCCAGAGGAGCUGCGCCCGCCGCCGGUGCUGCUGGCCACGGUGCGACACCUAGUGGGCGAGGCGGCUCGCCCGCGACCCGACGUGUCGGCCGCCGAGCAGUGCGCCUUCGUCAGCGACCGCCUGCGCGCCGUGCGCCUCGACCUGACCGUGCAGCGCGUCUCCGGCCUGCCCUGCGCCGCCGUCCUGGAGCGCUCGCUGGUCUACCUGCUGCGCGCGGGGCACCAGCUCUGCGCAGAGCCGCCCGCCCGCUUCGACGCCCACCUGCACCGAGCCCAGGUGCAGGAGUGCUUUGCCGCCUUGCGCCGCGCCUACCGGGAAGAGACGGAGCGCCGCCCCGCCGCCGAGCCCCUCUUCCAAGCGCUCUUCUUGCUGUACAACCUGGGUAGGCGGAGUGGCGCCGGGCUGGGGGUGUGGUGUUUGGAAAGGGGCUGGGGCCAUGUCCCCUCUGUUACACCCUUCAGGCCAGCCGUGAAUCUUUGCAGCUCCUAUUGCAUCCGAGCCUAUACAAGACUUUCUACAGCGCGGGCAAUCAGCAGCCUACUGCGACCUCCGCUUUUGCCGUUUGGCAGCUUCAACCUAGCUCGGAAGCUGCCUUACCUGCCAAGCUGCACCCUCCAUCCCCAUGUGGCAGGGGCCCGCCGUCUAGCCCUGCUUACCUUCAGCCACGGCUUCAGCAGCAAGAAUUGCCGCUACCCUUUGGAUCGGCUGGCCUGCUUGCUGGCCAUAGACAGCCUCGAGGAAACCGAGGCGCUGUGCAAGGCACAGGGUUUGACGAUACUGGAGGGAAGUGUCGUCUUCCAGAAAGGAUCGUUCAAGGACUCUGGUCCCCUGGAGCACAAGCCGUCCCACCUGCUUGUGGAUGGGAAAUGGGGAACUGGCUCUCUUCGGGGAUUCACAGAGGGCAUCCGCUUCGGAAUCAAAACCAGUGUCGAUGCUUUGGGAGCCAUUGUUCGCUACGCCAUUACUUCGCCCAAUCAGUGAUUGUCUCUACCCAGGUGGAAAAAUGAAAGGGGAGAAUACAUUAUUUUGCUUCCAUGAGUGGUGCAGGCUUCAUUUUGCUGACGGUUUGGACUAGGCCCACACAACGGCCGGGCUCCCGAAUGAAAGCACAAAGAUUGCCAUUUACCUCACCGGGAUUGGUUUUACGUGCUUUGUUGUGUGGGCGCCUACCUACCCCUU